ACGUGUGAACGCUGAUUGGUCACCACGAGAUUCAUCACACUCCUGUUGUGUCUUGACUGCUGAGGAGAGGCCGUUCAGAGAACGAGCAACGAGAUGCACAAACAUCAGAUGAGGCUGUGAUGUAGGAAAACUUUCCGAGGAUAUUUCAAAAGGAUAAAUAAAAAGAUUUCUAAUAGGGUCACAUCAGGCUGUCCAAUAUGAUGAAGGAUUGCCUUCAGUUCCUCAUUGAGCCUGCCAAGAAGUUCAAGUUUCGUCUGAAGGAGACGCGGAAGAGAGUGAAACAUGCGAAGAAAGAGCCGUUAACAGAGAGUCAGCUGUUUAUAAUGGAGCUCGUGCGAGAACUCAACAGGAUCUGUCAGAGGUCAGAUAUUCUGGCUCACAUCUGGACCGGAGAGGAUGUGUGGCCUCCUCAUGCCUGUCGAGAGUUCAUUGUGGAGACCGCCAACAUCCUGGAGAUGAAGGAAAAUACUGAGACGCCCAUGCAAGUUUAUGCUGAUCUGCAUCCAGAAAAGCGGGACUGGAAGAGUCAGUUGCUCAGCAUGCUGGAGCAGGGAGGAGAAUAUGACUUGGGCCCGUACAAAAGGAUCAUUUUGGACUGGACCAGAGGACAGCGCAACAGACACCCGCAUGGUAUCUGGCCGGGUGAGGCAGUGUUGAUGAUGCUGGAUGACGUGGAGCUGCGGUGGAAGCGGGGUCACCUGUCGCAUCUGCAGUCUGCUGUGGAGCUGCUCAUAGGGGUCGUGCUUGGAGAACAUCUGGACAAGGAGCUCAUUCCAAGACUGUGGCUGGUACAAAAACAAAAGUCCCAGACGAUCGAUUGCACUGGCUACAUUCCACACAUAGUGUGGAACUGGAUAUGUGAUGCUACAGUGGAGGUGACUCUUGACCCAGAGACGGCCAACCCUGCUCUGGUUCUGUCUAAGGACCGCAAGCGCAUGCAGUGUGGUCUGGAGCGGCGUGAUGUUCCUCACAGCCUGCGACGCUUUGACAGCUGGUGGUGCUGUCUUGGCUCUGAAGGCUUCUUGUCGGGACGCCGGUACUGGGAGGUAGAAGUGGGCGACCGUGAUUGGCGUCUCGGGGUGGCCAAAGAAUCAGCUCUCUGCAAAGGUUACAGACCACUGAAUACCCAGAGCGGAUACUUGACCCUCAGGCUGGAGAGGGGCUCCGAGCUCAAGGCCCUGACCACACCGCCCACACCCCUGCCCCAGUCACUCAUCCCACGGAGGGUGGGGGUCUAUCUGGACUAUGAGGCGGGGCAGCUGUCCUUCUAUGACACCCAGAAGCGUGCACACAUCUACACAUACAGCGAGAGGUUCACAGAGAAGCUUUACCCAGUGUUUGGGACGGUGGAGAUGGUCCGCGAGAUGGUGAUCAGGCCUGUAGACCUAAGGGAGCAAUGUCUUUGUAAGGGACAAUGUCUGUUCUGCUAAUAAUGAACGCACAAUCCUUAUACACACAGAUUGCAAAUUGAAAUUACACACGCAUAAAAUAACAAUAACUGAUCAAAGCUUACAAAAAAUAGAAUCGGAGAGAGAAGUUUCCUCAUUUUUUUUUUUGAGUAGCUAAAGCUGUGAAAUCUGCACCAAUAGCAUUACAAAGAAAGUGUUAAAAUAUUUUUAAACAGUCUGUCUGAACAAACAGAUAGUCCUGCU